AUAGCGAAAGUGAACUGGUACUUUUAAAUUCUCGGUAGUUUAACAGACACGUUUUGUUCAUUGGGAAUGGCAACUAACCAACAGCAGGAGAGACCGUGUGAAAGUGAGUUCGGUGGACUAUCAAGGAAACAUCCCAAUACUGUUGACGGUGUUUUACUGGAUGGACCCCUGACUGAUCAUGAAGCAGGCGAACAAUUUGUACAAGAUGCAUUUCAGAUCAUUUUGGAGGAGGCCAUCAAGAAGGGGACAAAUGUCAAUGAGAAGGUAUGUGAAUGGAAGGAACCAGAUGAGCUACAGGAUCUUCUUGACCUUGACUUAGUUGAUGCUGGUGAACCCCCUGAGAAACUCCUGGAGCGGUGCCAAGACAUCAUCCGAUAUAGUGUCAAAACUGCUCAUCCUCGAUUUUACAACCAGCUGUUUGCAGGACUGGAUCAUCAUUCCUUGGUUGGUCGUUAUAUAACAGAAACCCUGAAUACAAGCCAAUACACUUAUGAGAUUGCACCAGUUUUUGUACUGAUGGAGGAAGUGGUGUUGAAGAAGCUUCGUGCAUUUGUUGGAUGGGAGUGUGGCGAUGGAAUAUUUUGCCCAGGAGGCUCUAUGUCCAAUAUGUACGCUAUGAAUGUGGCCAGGUACAAGCUCUUCCCUGAAAUUAAAAAAUGUGGCUUGUGGGAGAUGCCGAGAUUGGCCGUCUUCACCUCUGAAGAAUGCCAUUAUUCUGUGACUAAAGGAGCUGCAUUCCAGGGUCUGGGUACAGACAAUGUCUAUUUGGUAAAAGCUGAUCAACGGGGCAAGAUGAUUCCAGAAGAACUGGAAAAGCAGAUUUCUGCAGCCAAGUCCAAGGGAGCAGUUCCAUUCCUUGUGAGUGCUACAGCUGGAACAACUGUCUUUGGAGCGUUUGAUCCCCUGCCGGAAAUUGCUGAUAUCUGUGAAAAUUAUGGAAUCUGGCUUCAUGUUGAUGCAGCCUGGGGUGGAAGUGCCCUCGUCUCCAGGAAACAUCGGGAUUUGCUGACUGGAAUCGAGAGGGCUGAUUCUGUUGCCUGGAACCCCCACAAAAUGCUGUUGGCAGGGCUACAGUGUUCUGCCUUUCUGCUCAAAGACAACACUGACCUUCUGAAAACUUGUCAUGCAGCCAAUGCCAGCUACCUUUUCCAGCAAGACAAGUUCUACAACAUCUGUUACGAUACAGGUGACAAGUCUCUGCAGUGUGGCCGGAAAGUGGAUUGCCUCAAGCUGUGGCUGAUGUGGAAAGCCAUUGGUACUCGAGGGCUGGAGGAAAGAGUUGACCGUGCCUUUGCCUGCACUAGAUAUUUUGUCAAUGAGAUGAAGAAAAGAGAAUGUUUUCGACUACUGAUGGAGCCUCAGUAUGUCAAUGUUUGCUUCUGGUAUAUCCCACCCAGUCUGCGAGGGAAAGAGCAGAGUUCUGACUUCUGGCAGAGCCUUGGAAAGGUUGCCCCAUUUAUCAAGGAGCGAAUGAUGAAGCGAGGCAGCAUGAUGGUAGGUUACCAGCACCAUGGAACCAAAGUGAACUUCUUCCGACAGGUCCUGAUCAGUCCGCAGGUCAGCCGGGAGGACAUCAACUUUUUUCUAGAUGAAAUUGAACGGCUAGGAAGUGAUUUCCAGCCGGAGUAAUGUAUCAGCACUCUUACUUUGCUGUAAUCUAUCCAUUUGUGAUCUCAUCUAAAAGUUUAAACUGAGCUCAGGUGAUCUCUCAUUCAUUCUCCUCCGUUUGGAUGUUUCCAGAAGAAAUUCUUGCUCGAACAAUUCAAGUUUAUGGGAGCAAAAUAAAUUUUUGAAGAUUUUGAUUAAAAUGAUCAAUUAAUGUAUACACAGAUCUUCCUGCUGACUGUAUGUGUUCCAUAUUAGAUAUUUUGCCAGUUUCUGCAGACAAUGAAUCCAGAGACACCAAUCUGUCCCUGACUUGGCUUGUCCUAUUCAGAUGUCAUUGGCUUGUCAUUUGUGCGUGUUAGUACAGUGGAGGAAAUUCAUCUGGGGUGUCAGCUGAUCUACUGAGAACAAAUUAGAAACAAUGUUAACUUGUAUUUAAUCCUUUGCUGUCCCUAUUCUCGGUGUGUUUGGUGUAGAGGAAGCUUCACCCUGUAUCUAACAUUGUUGUAUCUGACCUGGGAGUGUUUAAUGAGACAUACGUUUUAAUAAUGUGAUGUUCAUAU